CUCUCAAUGUUAUCCAAAGUGCUAACUAAACUAGAUACAUCAUAAACAUACAUGUGCAACACGAAAAUGGCGUAAAUUAAUACUUAACGACGCGGCAAAGUUGUUAACAGUGAGAGCGCGGCGUGCAGUUACUGUGUGCAGCUAACAUGGUAGGAUGUGUCUGAGAACUUUUGUACAUGUCUUUACAUGAUCAAACUUAAGUAAAUAUUCCUUUCUUUAAAGAAAGUUUGUAGUGUUUACUUAGGAAUUAACGCAUUCGCGGCCAUUUUUAACGUUACGCGCAUGCGCAAAACCCGCAAGGUAGCAAUUUUUGAUGGGUUGCAAAUUUUGUCAGAACACCCGGUCAGAUUGUUUUAUUACAGAGAUGUGGGAUGAGUUCCCAACGUCAUACCUGCAUCCAAUUCCAGCUCAUCACAAGUGUCUUUAAACCGAUCCCAGGUGGCUUGCUGUGAUACCAACGUGCUGCCAUUUGACCGUUCGUAUUAUUGACCCCUUCAUUGCGAGUUGCAUAUUUGCCUUGGUUUUUCCGUUCGCCUGCCUCUCACCGGGGUUUCCCCUUGGGUUUUUGUUUUUGUUUUUUUAAUCCCGAUCUACUGUCAUUGACCCUUUUUGUGUCUCGCGUUUCAUGAUCAUGUGUUUUUUUUUUUUUUUUUGCGUGUUCAAUAAGCCCUUUUACGCAAUCCCUAUGUCAUUGUUGUCUGCUUGCUUCCGCAUUCGUGGACCGUAACAGAUUUCUUGGUUUUCAUCUGAGGACCUGUUACUGAUUGCAGCCAACAGAUCGAAUAGAUCUUUACAAGGAAAAUCAUGACUCCAACGUCACGCGGAAGUAUAGUCCUGUGGUCUACGCGCUCGUAAGUUGCACGGGAAAUGCUAGUUCGAAACCCGCUGGAGACGUUCGAUUAUUUCAUCAUCACUUUUCCGCUCGGGUUCAAAUUGGAAGGGCAGAAACGACAACAUGUUUAUGUAGCAAAAGAGUGACACAGUGGAAGGCUAGCAUUGCCGCGCAGUGACAUUACCGCCCAAGUGCAUUGCGUUGCCAACAACAAUGGCAACCUACUAAUUAAACUAAUUUUAAAAAACGAAAAUAUUAAGGGAAGAGCAAAAGUGCAUGAAACCUCCAAUUUGCCAAUGUAGUAUGCAUUCCCAAUGUGUAGGUGGCAGCAAACACAAACAAACAAAACAAAAAGACAGCACGAGUCCUUCCGUGUCCUAACUCCCGCGGCUAACGGAGCCUACCAACAUGUUCAAUAACAGAGGGGUGUCCCAACACCUUCUCCUCUGCUGUUUCCUCUUCCGUCCUGGUCAAAUAACAACAUGGUGAAUAGUUGACUAUAUUGUUAAAUAACAUUAAACACAGUUAAGCAGUGUUCAAGGUUACUACUACAUGAAGAAAUGUUAUCAUACACUAUCGGACUAUCCGCUUGCAUUGACGUCAUCACUAUCUUCACCCUCUUCACUGACAAAUAUAUUGGCGCAUUAUCGUCACCUUCUGUUCUAGAGUACCAAGGUCUGGCAGUGUACAGAAUCACUGGGAUGAAAUCUACUACUUUGUAGAAAAUCUUGCUGAGAAGUUCAAAAGUCCCAUGCUUAGGAUGUCCUUCAUAACAUUCUCCUCAAGAGCAUUCACCAUCUUAAAACUUACAGAGAAAAGAGUGGACAUUCAAAAAGGUCUGAACGCUCUUAAAAGAGAAACUCCAGGUGGAGACACAUUUAUGCACCUUGGACUGUUAAGGGCAAAUGAGCAGAUAUCCCAGGAGAACUUUGGCAAGGCCAGCGUGAUUAUAGCACUGACAGACGGAGAACUGCAGGAACAUCAGCUAAUCACCGCACAGCAGGAGGCUGAACGAGCCAGAUCUCUUGGAGCUAUCGUGUACUGUGUUGGUGUUAAAGACUUCAAUGAGACUCAGCUGGCGACCAUUGCAGAUACCAUCGAACAUGUUUUCCCUGUUUUGGGAGGCUUUCAUGCCCUUCGGGGUGUGAUCAAUUCGAUCAUCAAGAAAUCGUGCAUUGAGAUCUUAGCGGCCGAGCCCUCCAGUGUGUGUGCAGGAGAGACUUUCCAAGUGGUGGUGAGGGGCAACGGGUUUCUCCAUGCCAGGAACAUCGAUCAGGUGCUGUGCAGCUUUAAAAUCAACGACACCAUCACAAUUAAUGUGAAGCCUGCAGGUGUAGAAAACACGUUCCUGCUGUGUCCCGCGCCUGUCAUAGAUGAAGUCGGGAAGGUGAUUUAUCUUCAAGUGAGCAUGAACGACGGUCUGUCUUUCAUCAGCAGCAAUGUGCACAUAACCACCAGCGAGUGUUUCGAUGGCACCAUUCUUCUCAUCACCUUGCUGGUGUUGUUUCUCCUUCUGGCCCUGCUGCUCAUGUGGUGGUUCUGGCCUCUCUGCUGCACUGUGGUUAUCAAAGAACCUCCUCCGCCACCUCCUCCUGAGCCUGAGUCAGAUGAUGAAGAUGGUCUGCCAAAGAAGAAGUGGCCCACAGUGGAUGCUUCAUAUUAUGGAGGGAGAGGAAUCGGAGGGAUCAAGAGGAUGGAGGUGCGUUGGGGUGGAAAGGGCUCUACUGAGGAGGGGGCGAAGCUGGAGAAACCGAAGAAUGCAGUUGUGAAGAUGCCAGAACAGGAAUACGAACCCUUCGAGCCCAAACCCAAGAAAUCACCCAAGAAGCCGCCUCAGAACCGGAAGUGGUACACACCCAUCCGGGGUAAACUGGAUGCUAUCUGGGCACUGUUUCGUCGCGGGUAUGAUCAGGUCUCCUUGAUGAGACCCCAGCCUGGUGAUAAUGGUCGAUGCAUCAACUUCACAAGAGUGAAAGAGGGUUCCCAACCAACAAGGUCGGCACCACGCACCCCAAUCCACACGCCCUCGGCGCCACCGCCCGACUACCGCCAUGUCCCAGAAUCCCCCGUGACUUCCAGUCCUCCGGCCAGAGCACCGCCCGUGGUCCAUCUGCCACCAGGACCCCCGCCGUCCCGCUUGCCCCCAGGGCUGCCUUGCCCACCACCGUCGCGCCCUCCACCUAGCCUGCGACCAUGAAUGACACAUGCAACAUCCCCCACAACUUCCCUUAGUCCUGCACCACUUGGACUUCCAUGACUGACCACUCUGUUGACCAGCUCCUUCAGUCUGAAGUCAGCUCUCCAACUUAGAAUCUUCUGCUACUCGCUAAACAACAUCAGCGUGAUCAACUAUUGGUUCAUUUUGUAUGGAAAGACUGUCAAGUAAAACUGCCAAGAUUGAGACCUUGAAGACAUUUUGCCUGCAAUUUCUAUUUCAACAGAAGCGUGCUAAUCAUUCAACAAUGAAUGGGGACUUUUCAGUUUAUAAAAAGCCCCCUUCUCCAUAGAAGCCAUUAGCCGUGAACAUCAGAGCACCAUGUCAAAGUUUGAUGAUCAUCUUGAGGCCUUGCCUUGGAAAAUGGAGAGCGAAAGCCCAUUCAUUAGCCUACUGUAUUUUUCGGACUAUAAGUCGUACCUGAGUAUAAGUCGCACCGGCCAAGAAAUACGCAUUGAAGAGGAGAAAAACAUUUAUAAGUCUUAUUUGGGGGGGAAAUGCAUUCGAUAAAAUCCAACACCAUUUAUUUGGGGGGGAAAUGCAUUCGAUAAAAUCCAACACCAAGGACAGAUAUGUCAUCUUGAAAGUAAUAAAAAUAGAUGUCAUCUUGAGAGUAAUAAAAAGAGAAGUACAGGCUGAAUAGGUGUACGGUACAUGAUGCAUAAACAACGAACUGAGAACGAGCCCAGUUUUGGCUGCAUAUUUGACUACUUCCAGUUUGUAAUAUGCAGAAUAUGACUUUCAUUUCGGUGUCAUUUUGUCUAGCCCAUAGACUUCAUAAUGUAUUGACGGGACUCUGGGCGCGGGGCCGAUAAAUAGGGGGCCUGCAUUGUUGGCGAGGCCGUCAAAGCUGACCUAGUGGAAUCACAGACAAACAGCUUUUUUAGUUGAAAAUUCUUGUGAAUUAAUGCUUUAAUUCCUGAAUUCUUAUAGAUAUGGAUGUAAAACAGUCUCGAUUCUUGGUUAAAAGCAAAAAAACAUGCAGUUAGCAUUUAUUUUACGUAAUUAUGUCGAAGUAGAAUGCUACUCUGUUAGUGAACGUAGCAAGCGGCCGCCUGAUGUAAACAUAGCUUUUCUGGUGAAAAUUCUUGUGAUUUAAUGCUUAAAUCCCCAAAUUCUUUAUAAAUAUGGACUUAAGUCUCGAUUCAUGGUUAAAAGCACAAAAAAAAAAAAAAACGUGCAGUAAGCAUUUAUUUUACAUAAAUAUGUCGAAGUACAAUGCUAGUCUUUUCGUAAAUGUAGCAGGCGGCCGCCUGAUGUAAACACAGCUUUUCAGGUGAAAAUUCUUGUGAAUAAAUGCUUAAAUCCCCGAAUUCUUUGUAGAUAUGGACGUAAAAUAGUCUCGAUUCUUAGUUAAAAGCAAAAAAACGUGCAGAAAGCAUUUAUUUUAAAUAAAUAUUGCGAACUAUGAUGCCAAUGCCGUAGCGGCUAAUUUCUCCCAUUGAUUUUUUUCACAAACUUUUCAAAAUGCAUGCAUGGUACGAAAAACAUAAUAACUACCUUGAAUCCUCGAACAAAUCACUCCUGUGACAAUCCUUCCUGUUUGUAUGCGGUACAGCUUUCGUACUUUUAUCCUAAAUCCGGCGUUGAAUCGUUGCAUGUGUCGCUGCAGUGUCGUCAAUACAAUUAUGAAGUCUAUGUUCAGCCCUUCUCAGUUGUUUUUAUUUGGUUCUAUAAGUUCCCGGCAAUGAAACACCGGCCAUAAGUGCCCUCUUGUGGUUUAGUGUGAAAAUAGCAUGUGACGUGAAACCAAACUAUGAAUAAAAACUGCAACAUAUGGUCCGAAAAAUACGGUAUAUAAUAUGACUCUAUAUAAUGGUACCUUGAGAUACAAAAGGUUCAGGACACGAAAUAUGAAUACAUGAAUACAUGAAUCCGGAGUUCAGUGUAUGUCUGAAGCGCGAAUCGUGCAAUUUAUUAAACGAAAAAAAUCAUGAGACGAAAGCCACUGCGGAACAAAUUCAUUUCGUAUCUUGAGGUACCACUGUACUUAAAAAAUGAUGAUCGGAAUUCCACCUCUAAUUGGAAGUUAGAAAUGAAUUUUUUCUAAAAACACAUUCCUCCCAUAUUUCACAGAGUAUUUUGCAUGUGAUUUCAUUUUUCAGGCAGUUAAACCUGAUGUUCUAGCUCAUACAAAGUAACACGGGGUGAUGCAGGUAACCCUUUGACGGGAUGAUUGUUGCAGGACAGCAAAACAUAUAGGGACUAAAGUUAACACAAGCAAUGAAGAUGAUCUAUUGGAUGAUGUCUUUUGUUUAAUCAACUACUGAUUUAUGCCUUUGCCAUCGAGAAAAAAAAGUGAAUGGGGUUUAGAAUCCGGGAAAUAUUUGGGUUGUGUUCUAAAGAUUAGCUAAAGUUGCGGUGCUAUUUUUGUCAACCUGUUACAAAUGAUUUGGGCAUCAAAUCGCCAGCAAUUAAUUCAGGAAAAGCCAUUUUUUAAAACGGAAUACAUUUUAUAAUAUGUGAUGACAGGGAAGUGUACAGUUUUUUGGGGUUUACAGUGGUAUGAAAAAGUAUUUGAACCUUUUGGAAUUUGUCACAUCUCUGCAUAAAAUCACCAUCAAAUGUGAUCUAAUCUUUGUCAAAAUCACACAGAUGAAAAAACAGUGUCUGCUUUAACUAAAAUCACCCAAACAUUUAUAGGUAUUCAUAUUUUAUUGAGGAUAGUAUGCAAACAAUGACAGAAAGGGGAAAAAUAAGUAAGUUAACCAUCGCAUUUAAUAUUUUGUGCCCCCCUCCUCUGGCAGCAAUAACUGACCUGUAGCUGCAGAUCAGUCUGGCACAUCGAUGAGAACUAAUGUUGGCCCAUUCUUCUCUACAAAACUGCUGUAGUUCAGUCAGAUUCCUGGGAUGUCUGGCAUGAAUCUCCGUUUUUAGGUCAUGCCACAGCAUCUCAAUGGGGUUCAAGUCUGGACUUUGACUUGCUCACUCCAGAACGUGUAUUUUGUUCUUCUGAAACCAUUCUGAAGUUGAUUUACUUCUGUGUUUUGGAUCUUUGUCUUGUUGCAGCAUUUUUUAGUUUCAACUGUCAGAGAGAUGGCCUCAGGUUUUCCUGAAAACAUCCUGAUAAACCUUUGAAUUCAUUUUUGAAUUGUUGCAAGUUGUCCAGGCCCUGAGGUAGCAAAACAGCCCCAAAUAAUGAUGCUCCCUCCACCAUGCUUCACGGUGGGGAUGAAGUGUUGAUGUUGGUGAGCUGUUCUAUUUUUCCUCCACACAUAACAUGACAAAACUUGCUGGCGAGGUCUUUAGGAAUUGACUUUAUCAGGUAGCGGCCGGCAGCGAGGCGCUACUCUCGUUGCUAAGGUGUUACUAUGGCAGUAACUCAAAAACUACGCAGUCAAUUAAAAAAAAAAAUUGGGUAAUAUGAUUUUGAGACAGAGAAUGAUGCAUUCAAUACAAUUUAACCGAGUAAAGCGCUCGUGAAUUUAAGUCUUCACCUGCCAGUUAAGUUUGGAUUUAAUGGCCAAAACAGGGCACGUUGAGGCGGCGUAUCGAGCGUGAACCCACCUGGCAACAAGGCGAAGCUGCAGAUCAGUCUGCCACAUCGUUUAGGACUAAUCUUGGCCCAUUCUUCUCUCCAAAACUGCUGUAGUUCAGUAACAUUACUGGGAUGGCUGGCAUGAAUCGCUGUCUUUAGGUCAUGCCACAGCAUCUCAAUGGGGUUCAAGUCAGGACUUGGCCACUACAGAACGUGUAUUUUGUUAUUUUGAAACCAUUCUGAAGUUGAGUUACUUCUGUGUUUUGGAUCACUGCCUUGUUGCAUCAUCGAUCCUCUUUUUAGCUUCAACUGUCAGAGGGUUGAGCAUUUACAGAAAUUCCUUCUUCCAUUAUUGAUUGCAAGUUGUCUUGGCCCUGAGGCAGCAAAACAGCCCCAAAUCAUGAUGCUCCCUCCACCAUGCUUCACGGUGGGGAUGAAGUGUUGAUGUUGGUGAGCUGUUCUAUUUUUCCUCCACACAUAACAUGACAAAACUUGCUGGCGAGGUCUUUAGGAAUUGACUUUAUCAGGUAGCGGCCGGCAGCGAGGCGCUACUCUCGUUGCUAAGGUGUUACUAUGGCAGUAACUCAAAAACUACGCAGUCAAUUAAAAAAAAAAAUUGGGUAAUAUGAUUUUGAGACAGAGAAUGAUGCAUUCAAUACAAUUUAACCGAGUAAAGCGCUCGUGAAUUUAAGUCUUCACCUGCCAGUUAAGUUUGGAUUUAAUGGCCAAAACAGGGCACGUUGAGGCGGCGUAUCGAGCGUGAACCCACCUGGCAACAAGGCGUAGCUGCAGAUCAGUCUGCCACAUCGUUUAGGACUAAUCUUGGCCCAUUCUUCUCUCCAAAACUGCUGUAGUUCAGUAACAUUACUGGGAUGUCUGGCAUGAAUCGCUGUCUUUAGGUCAUGCCACAGCAUCUCAAUGGGGUUCAAGUCAGGACUUGGCCACUCCAGAACGUGUAUUUUGUUAUUUUGAAACCAUUCUGAAGUUGAGUUACUUCUGUGUUUUGGAUCACUGCCUUGUUGCAUCAUCGAUCCUCUUUUUAGCUUCAACUGUCAGAGGGUUGAGCAUUUACAGAAAUUCUUUCUUCCAUUAUUGAUUGCAAGUUGUCUUGGCCCUGAGGCAGCAAAACAGCCCCAAAUCAUGAUGCUCCCUCCACCAUGCUUCAUGGUGGGGAUGAGUUGUUGAUGUUGGUGAGCUGUUCCAUUUUUCCUCCACAUGUGACGUUGUGUGUUACUCCCAAACAAUUCAUCUUUGGUUUCAUCAGUCUACAAAAUAUUUUGCCAAAACUUCUGUGGAGUGUCCAAGUGCCUUUUUGUGAACAUUAAAUGAGCAAUAAUGUUUUUUAAGACAGCAGUGGCUUCCUCCGUGGAGUCCUCCCAUGAACACCAUUCUUGGCCGUAGUUUUACGUAUAGUUGAUGUGUGCACAGAGAUAUUGGACUCCGCGAGUGAUUUCUGUAAGUCUUUAGCAGACGCUCUAUGGUUCUUUUUUAUCCCUCUGAGUAUUUUGCGCUGAAUUCUUGGCGUCAACUUUGGUGGACGGCCACUACUUGUUAGAGAAGCAACAGUGCCAAACUCUCUCCAAUUAUAAACAACUUCUCUGACUGUCAAUUGAUGAACAUCCAGACUUUUAGAGAUGGUUUUGUAUCCUUUCACAGCUUUAUACAAAUCAACAAUCCUUGAUCGUAGGUCUUCAGUCAGCUCUUUUGACCGAGCCAUGAUGCACAUCAGACAAUGCUUCUCAUCAAGACAAAUCUGACCGGGUGUGCGUUUUAUAGUGGGCAGGGCAGCUUUAAACCACUCAUCAGUGAUUGGGAAAAUUGAUUGGUAAAAAUUGGUUUCAAUUGAUCUUUAAGUCUCCUUAGGCACAGGGUUCACUUACUUAUUUUUCCCCUUUCAUUGUUUGCAUGCUAUCCUCAUGAUUAAAAUAUGAAAACCUAUAAAUGUUUGGGUGGUUUAAGUUAAAGCAGACAUUGUUUUUUCAUCUGUGUGAUUUUGACAAAGAUCAGAUCACAUUUGGUGGUGAUUUUAUGCACAAAUCUGACAAAUUCCAAAAAGUUCAGAUACUUUUUCAUACCACUGUACUUAAUAUUUUCAUGAUGUGCUAUUGGUUGCUUUUUAUUUUCCUCUUUGAGGCCUUGGAUUUUGUCUUUUUACCAUGUGGUUUGAUAUACAACACAGCACUAUGUAAUUUUUGGUCUAUAUUUUUUUUUUAGUUGUUUUAUAUUUGCAGACAUAGACUGCUGGAACACGGUAUGCUGUUUUCGUUAGCAUAUAUAGAAUUUAAAACACAUCAAUUUAAGCUGCCAUAAAUCAGGUUAAUGACUCUCCUCGUGUUUUUUUCUGACUCAAUCCUGAUUUUCUGCUUUUAUAUUAUGUUACAGUAUGUCUACAGUUUUAUUUUGAAUCAUCAAAGGUCACAUUGAAACUGCAGGGCAGUUCACAGAGCAUCUAAUUUAUUUCCCGAGAGAAAUAGAGGAGAGUACUUGAAUAAUCGACAAGGUGUCCAAACACCGACAUGAACACUGUUCGCAGUCGACAACCAGCUUGCUAGUCAGGCGAGACCUAACCUACCAGCUUUUUUUCAAAUCAUCACCUCUGCAUGCUUAAAUAGAUCUGAAUAAUAUUUAAUAUACCGCAUGUACUCACAGGUCACAACAUUAGGUCAAUUAAUGCAUUCGAUCGAAUUAUGUUUGGACCUCAAGAAGUGUCCAGUAUGUGAAUUUUGGAAAUAUUUUGGCUGCAAGGUAUAAAUGAAAGAGUUGAAAAAUGGUGGUAUUCAUUUUAAUAUUCAGUGCCUUAUGGAUUUUUUUUUCUUCUUACUUGCUUUGUCUCUUUACCAUGUAUCGGUGGUGUAACAAAACAUCAAUUGUUGCUUUAAUUUACUUUGCUUAUGAAAAAAUGUCAUUUGUCUUGUUAUUUUACCACAACAAAAUUGAAACAUUUUGAUUAAAAUGCCUUGUUAAAGUAGUUUUAUCCUCAGUUUCAUUAAAAAAUUGUCAACGAUCAUACUAACCAAAAAAACAAAAAAAUGAGAGCGAGUUGCCAAUGUCACUUGUUUUUUGUUUUUUAUCUCUACAUACUAUUUCAGGGCUGUUUUAUACGUUAAUAAGUAUGUUUAAGGUGAUUUUAAAUAAAAUAACAAUCAUUCUUUUUGCAUUUGUAGCCAUUUCCCAUUAUAAUUAAUGGGAUUCAAGCUCUCUAAGUGCCUUAAUGUGUUCCCUAAUGCAGGAAUUCUAUACAAGGGAGCAAUUACAGUGGCUUUUAUGUUGGUACAUACAUGACAUUCCAAAGAGACGUGUUAUGCUAAUCAGUGUUCUUACAUGUGCAGUAUGAAAAUUGUUGUAUUGAAGCAAAUAUGACAGUUAUU